AUGUGUCAAAAUCCCCGCCCCGCAGCUUCACUGGCGGCCGUUGGGCGCGUGCGCUCCCCUCAGAGACGAGGGCGGGAAAGCGGCGGAGCGGAACGGAGCGAGGGGCGAAACCGGGCCGGGAACCGGGGCGUGGGGGGGGCUCGGGUGGGCUCUGCUGACCCGGUCACCCCGCCGUUUCCUCGGCUACAGUGCUGGCGUGGGCGGCGGGGCGGGUUUCCGAAGUGUGAGAGGGCUGAGGAGCAGCGAACUGCGCACCUGCAGAGGAGGGAACCCAGGAUGCUGCCUUGUCUUCAUUCCUUCUUUAAGGAGAGGAAUAUAUAAAUAUACUUGUUCCAAGGAUAUAGCUGUAUUUCCACAGAGUAUGAAGUUCUGUAUGAAGGUACCCUUUCCUGCCCUGUGUGCGAACAGACCUGCUUUGCAAGGGAUCUAGGUAAAAAUUUCCUUGUCAAGAACUUUCCCACUGGGAAUUCAGCUAUGGCUAAGGGCUGCUCCACAUGUAAAGAGAAGAGACCUGCUCACAGUCUCUGCACAAGCUGCAAUAGGUGGUUGUGCAGCUCAUGCACAGAGGAACACAGACACGACAAGGAAACUGGGGACCACUUCCUGUCUGUAUCACUGAAGGGCUGCACAGCCACUGAAGAAGCAGCAGGCGAGCUUUCAUUAUUCUGUCCAGAACACACUCAAGAGCCACUCAAGCUGUUUUGUGAGACCUGUGACACCCUUACCUGCCACAGCUGUCUUCUGACAGAGCAUAAGGAACACAGGUUUAGACAUCUUGAUGAAGCUUUGCAAAAUCAGAGAAUUAUCCUAGAAAAUGUUAUAACUAAAGUGAAAGAGAAAAAAAAUGGGAUUCAGGCUUCAGCUAAACAGAUUGAGGACAGGUUGCUUGAAGUAAAACUUUUAUACAAAAAAGUAGAAAACCAAAUAAAAACGGCCAAGAUGGUUUUGAUGAAUGAAAUCAAUAAACGAACAAACAUCCUUCUUGAACAACUUGAAAAAAUCACCAGUGAAAAGAAGCAGAAGUUGGAGCAACAACUGCAAGGUGUUGUGGUUUUAGGCAGACAGGUAGAACAUGUGCAGAACUUCAUCAGUUGGGCAGUGUGCAGUAAAAACAGUAUCCCAUUUCUCUUCAGCAAAGAACUGAUUGUAUUUCAGAUCCAACGCUUACUAGAGACAAACUGUAACACAGACACAGGCCCUCCUCUGAAGAUCAGGUUUACUUGGGAUCCCUCCUACUGGACGAAACAAUUAUCCAAUUUGGGCGGUUUCACUAUGGAAGGUGGACACAUUUCUCACCCAGAUGUGCUACUCUAUGGAAAUGUACAAGGAUUACAGACAUUGUAUCAUGGGCACCACUCACCAGCAUCCCAGCUGGAGCCUGUGCACACCCACCCACAUCACUUCACACCUGCAGUGCAGUGUCCUGCACCUGUCUGUUGCCCACACUGCCUCAGCAUACCUCACCCAAACAAAGCUCAGCCUUCUUACCAAGACCUGAACCGCAAUAAAAAUUUUCUACAGCCUCCUGAACUGCAUCAGCAGCACUUUCCUCUGCAGUGCAGCACGCAGCAACAGGACAAAGAGCAAAGGGGCUCCCUCCAACCCACGAAGCUAACACAGUCUGGGCCGGAACAACAGUGCCGGUCUGAGCCAGAGAAUGUGUCUGGGAGGAUGGGAAAGCACUUACCGGCCCAGCAGCAGCAGCAGGCUGCACCCCUAGAUGCUGCUGUGCUCUCACACGAGGCUCAGCAAGUUGGCAGGAGCCAUCCGCAGCCAUUCCGCACGCAGGCUUCUUUGCAGGGGUCAGCUGUGCAAGUGCAACUUGGUCAGCUCCAGAAAAUAAAAUCAAACCCCUUGCAGCAGCCACCACCGCAGCAGCAGCCGCCAGCAUCGCCACCAUCAGGUCAGAAUGAGAACGCCCACAAGCAAGUCAUCCAGCAGAGCCUGGACAUAAUGCACCACCGGCUUGAGCUGGAGGAGAUGAAAAAAGAUCUAGAGCUUCUUCUGCAGGCCCAAGGACAGUCCAGCUUGCAAUUAAACCAAGCCAAGCCACCUCAGCAUGUUCAACAGACCAUAGUUGGUCAAAUCAAUUACAUAGUGAGGCAACCAGCCCCAGUUCAGCAACAAAUUCAAGAUGAACGACAAGUCUGUGAGAGUUCCACUGAACUUGAUGCCCAGAAGCCUCUCGUUCCGCUUGACAAAAGUGAUGGUUCCUCUCUGUCACAGUCACCAGAUGAAGAAGGCAGUGUCAGCAGUAACUGCCCUGAGAACACAUUGCAACAGCCAGCUUUCCAUCCAGUGAGGAAGCAUUCAACAUCCUUAAGCAUUCUGGGUUUUACAGACAGUUUAGUAAUGGAAUUGCCUUCAACAAGGUUAUCUGAUCCACAGAUGCAAGGUGUGGCUGCUGUAACUCUUGGCCCAUCCCCAAAUGCUGAUUGUGAUUCUCCAUCAGAGUCAAUGCCCACUUACAGCCUGGUGCUGGGCAGAGCUCCAAGUGACCUGAGCCCAGGGGCUGCUGCUGGCCUCCCACCAGGUGAUCAGCUCCAGGCCACCACCAAGUGCAAGCUGGAAAAUGAAGACUGUGAUGCUGUAGAUUGUUGUCUAGAAAACAGCUUGGCUGCUGCUGGGAAAGAUGUAGUCAAUGAAUUAACUCUUUCUAUGCAAAAAGUGCUGGAAGAACCUAUUAAUCUUUCAAUCAAAAAAUCUCAACAUUGUGCUUCUCCCUCUGAAACACUCAGCAGCACUUCUUUCCUGCCUCUGAAUACCAGAAUGAGUCAACUUAGCAACAAAGAAGAUUCCAGUAACUGUGAAAAGGAACAUUUUGAAAUGGGUGUGAAAAGCCAUCAGAAUGUCAGAGCUGGACCUAAGGAGCAGAAGAUUCCAUACGUGCGUUUGGAACGUCUGAAAAUUUGUACAUGGGAAGCAGGGGAGCUCCCAGUAUUUAAGCUCCAGCCACAGGAUAAUGAGCAGGAGGGCAAUUUCCUCCUGAUAAUUGACUGUGGGACACAGUCUUCAAGUAUGUCUAUAAAGAUAAAUAAAGAUAGUCCACCUGAAGGACUGAAAUCCAAAGAGAAAUCAGAGGACAGAAAAUUUCUCGUGUCCCAGGCUGCCAGAGACACACACUCUCCUCCUGUAGAUACUCUCUCUGUUGAUCAGAAGCUCAGCAAUGGCAACUCCAUCAUGAAAAAAUCUCCAGUUACUCAGGAAGAGAAUCCAAUUGAAAAUGAGGAUUUCUGUGCUGUGUGUCUUAAUGGAGGAGAACUGCUGUGCUGUGAUCACUGCCCCAAGGUCUUCCAUCUCUCCUGCCAUGUUCCAGCCCUGCUCAGCUUUCCAGUAGGAGAAUGGGUGUGCACACUGUGCCGUAAUCCAGUGAAACCAGAGGUAGAAUAUGACUGUGAAAACACACGCUACAGGCACAGCUGUAAUGCACGUUAUGGACUUGAUGACUGUGACCAGAAGAAGUGUGAAAAGCUGCUGCUUUCCCUGUUCUGCAGUAGUAUGAGCCUCCCAUUCCAUGAACCUGUCAGCCCCCUGGCUCGGCAUUAUUAUCAGAUCAUCAAAAGGCCAAUGGAUUUGUCAAUCAUACGAAAAAAGCUGGAAAAGAAGGACGAGUUCCACUAUUCUGCACCUGAAGAACUUGUGACCGACGUGCGUCUCAUGUUUUGGAACUGUGCAAAGUUCAAUUAUCCAGAUUCUGAGGUUGCUGAGGCUGGACGAUGCCUGAAUGUAUUCUUUGAGGGAAAACUGAGGGAGAUUUAUCCAGACAGGCAUUUUCCUUCCAUGCAACAAGAAGACUCUGAUUCUGAAGAAGUGGAGAGUCAGAAUAGCCAAGUGCCACCCCAGGAUUUCCAGGGGCCCUCGUAUGGACAGGAGUGUGUUCAGCCUAAGAGGAGACGGCGCCACGCUGGAAAAUUGCAGAAGCAAAAGCAUUUGAUUGCUAAGUGGCCACCCUGCUAA